UACCGGCUGGAGCUUCGAUGGGUGGCGGGCCACGAAGGCGUCGUGGGUAAUGAGCUUGCAGACGGGGGAGCUAAAUCCGCCGCUCGUGGCCUCUCCAGUGCCUUGGCCGACCUCCCCGCCAUACUUCGGUACCCUCUUCCCUACAACUGCUCCGCGCUCGUCCAGUCCUUCACGUCCAAGAUCACUAAUAGCUGGGCUAGUGAAUGGGCCCUCUCCUCACGCUCUCAGCAGUUUCGGCGCAUCGGUCCCUCUCUCCCAUCCAACGCCUUUCUUAAACUCGUCGAC